GCAUGCGUCCGUUAAUCCCGACAGUAGCUUAAUAGUAGAAAUGACGCUUUAACCUCGAAUUUAUUGGUCUCUGUCAGUAUAAACAAAACACUCAUUCCACGCCUAUAUACAGUGUAUAAUCCAAAUUUCAAAUACAAAUGUAAACUCGGGGGUCUUGACGGUCAAAAAAUUAACCGCAUCGGCAAUGAUAAUAAAAAUUACCAAAUCUCUGCCUCUCUGGAAAGGUCGUCGCGAUUAUUGGAAAUUCUCAGUGUACAUCGCGAACGGUGUUUUAACUAAUGUCCUGAACCCAGAUAUUAAUUGUAAUUAAGAUUGCGUUGGCUUUGUUUUCUGCUAGAGCGCAACAAUUGUUAUAUUUAAAAUUAAGAAAUCAAAUUUUAACUGUAUAUUACAGAUUGAUGCCAAAUUUCAAUUGUCUUAAUCUCAACGGCGUGCUAUCGGUAUUGUACCUACAUAUACACGAUAUUUGCUCAAUUUUCCAUUAGCCCUUUAUUAUAUAGUGCGUAGAAAACUAAAUAACAAUAACAUUAAACUUGAAGCGUAACUCGAAAGGAAAUAUUCUUACGUACAAUCAUGGAAAUAUGGUGGUUUUCCCGUGUCGUGGCUUAUCAUCCCUACGCUAUUCUUGCCGCUGUUUUCGUCUUCUCUUCAACUUGUUUGAUAGUCCCGUUAACUACUAAAAAAUUCCCGGACUUUUCCGACCCGCAAUUAGGUUUCGAAGCUCGAGGAACAGUCUUGGCAUCGAGAUUAACAACAUGGCAAAAUUUGAUAGAAGCAAUUAGGCCUCGAGGAAGUCUCAUUGCAAACCCUCUGGAAUAUUAUCAUCAUAUUUUGCAAUCAAUGAGCCUAAAUGAAACUAGUUUGAUGACUCACAACACAACUACCCAGAUAACUGUGGAUAAGAAGAAUCGUAAAAAGGGUAAAAGAAAGGGUAAAAAAUAUGGGAAGAAUAAAAAAAAUACAGAUACGGAGGAGGAAGGUGUGAAAAAAGACAAAUGGACAGAGCUGAUGGAGUUGAAAGAAAAUCAGAGUUUCCGUUUGGAGAAUCCAGAGACUAUAAGGAAUCACGCCCACUUUGAUAGCGACGGUUUCUUUUGUAAUUCCCCGACCGCAGCCUAUGCUCGUAUUGUCCUCAGAUCUGUUUCUGGUACCGAAAACUUAUGGUCUCUGGAAGGAAUACUGGCUCAAUGUCACAUUGACGCUGCGCUUCGCGCCAACAACGAAUUUCCAGCCUUGUGUCAAAUUCAACUCCAAAGCCAGCACGGUGAUACAGAAAAAAAAUGCUGCCGAAGCUGGUCACCAGCAAACUACGUGGCUUUACUGUCGAACAGAACCUCUUGUCUGGGUGUUACAGAAAGUGAUUUGAACAGAGUAAAACUCUUGCUGAAUAGGUGUGCUCAUUUUUAUCACAACCUUCAGCUUACUCCAGACUGCGCUGACGACCCCGAUUGCCGAAGGCAUGUGACCCCCGAUUGCUAUUUGCACAAUGCUCCGUAUCAUCUACUCUAUUAUCUUCUUGAUACCGAGUUUAUACCCUCUUACAAUGGAACCACGUCACCUAAACUGAACACAACUCUAAAUUCCGCCAUGCUUUUCUUACCAAUGGCUGCCAGUUCUGCCACUCUUGACUUUUAUCGCGGACUAAACGAGGACGAAUUAACUUACGGCAAAUUCAAAGUACAGGGAAUGCAGCUGGGGCUGAAGAGCACGCUCUUUGAUCGCCUUUUGAUUUCAGAUUCUUGUCUGCUUCUCGCAGGCUUCGCAUUCGUCACAGUUUGCAUAUGGGCGUAUACCAGCUCAAUUAUACUAACGGUAACAACCAUACUUGCCGUUCUCUUCAGUCUGGGCAUAUCGUACGCCUUUUAUACUCUCGUUCUCCGAAUAAAUUUCUUCCCAUUCAUGAAUUUGCUGGCUAUUGUUGUCGCUGUUGGAAUUGGGGCCGACGAUGCCUUCAUUUAUUGCAAAGUAUGGGAAUGCGGGAAGCAGAAGAAAUUGACUGGCGGUGGACUGGUCAGUCUGGUCCAAGAAACGAUGAAGCAUGCCGUUCCGUCUAUGCUGGUCACCUCACUGACUACAGCAGUUGCUUUUUUUGCCUCUAUAGUCAGCAACGUUACGGCCAUAAAUUGCUUCAGUUUAUUUUCUGGAAUGACCGUGAUAGCCAAUUUCCUUUUGAUGGUGACCUGGUUACCGGCAAGCGUUGUUGUCUCCGAACACUGUCACCUCACCUUAUUAUCGCCAGCCAAUUUCAUUGUGAGGAAAAUCUACCGCCCCCUCAGGCUUUUCCUUGGCAAAGUAGCCACUGAUUUUGGCAAAGUACUUUCCAGAAUCGCUAUCGAGUUCAGAUGGUUGUGGCUAGUGAUUUGCGGAUCCACAGCUGUUGCUGCCAGUCUAGUUGUCUUCCGAUAUCCAGGCCUACAGCUGCCAGAUUCCCCUGAUUUCCAACUGUUCGAUAGUUCUCACCUCUUCGAAAAGUAUGACUUGGUUUUCUCGCAACGCUUCUGGUUCGAAAAGCUAGAACUGGGAGACGGCGGCGAAGUUUUGCCAUUGAGAUUUGUGUGGGGAGUGAAACCGGUGGAUAAUGGGAACUACUUGGAUCCAGGAGCAAGAGGAACAUUGGAAUGGGAUGAGACCUUUGACGUGUCGAGUAAGAAGUCGCAGCUCUGGCUGCUGCAAUUCUGUCGUAGUCUCAGAAUGCAGCCGUUUUAUCGAAGUACUUUGGGUCCCUUACUCCCAAACUGCUUUAUCGAAUCGCUAAAGGCUUUCAUGCAGCGGCGUUGUGUGGACCCCAUAGAUCUCCAAAUAGAUCGAGCCCCGUGCUGCGAGAACAGUACUUUUCCCUACUCACCAUCUGUCUUGGAACAUUGCGCAGCUGAAGCAAACGCUGAUUUAUAUCGCACACCCUCUUACCUUUGGGGAGGGGAAUCUUCCACUUUGGCAGGACUGAAGUUCCUCAAAGAAGACGUACACCUCACUUUGAAUAACACCCAACGGCCUCAACCCAAAAUCAAGGCCCUGAUCAUCGAAUAUGACAGCAAUUUCACGUACAGUCUCUCAUUCACAGAAAUGGAUCAAUUUUACCGUCAGGUUGAAAGCUGGAUGAAGGAGCAACUGCUGAAGGCACCAUCCGGAAUGCGAGGUGGUUGGUUCAUCAGUAGACUAGAAUUUUACGAACUUCAACGCACUCUUUACGAGGGUACGCUAUGGGCUAUGGGAGUAUCGAUGAUCUUAGCAUUGGUGGUGCUAGCGCUAGUCACGCUCAAUAUUCUGGUCAGUUUGUACGCGAUUGUUGCAAUUGGAGCGGCGAUAGUCGUCACAGUCGCAUAUCUUAUUCUGGCUGGGUGGAGGUUGAACGUUCUCGAAAGUGUUGCGGUGUCCACAGCAAUUGGUCUCGCGGUUGACUUCAGUCUGCACUAUAGCGUCAGCUACAGAGCUUCCACCUCCGAGGAUAGAGUUGAUCGGGUCAAAACAGCACUCGAGCAAAUGGGAGGACCAACGCUCAUGGCAGCUGUGACUAGUGGAGCUGCUGGCGCACUUAUGCUUCCGUCGCAAGUCUUGGCUUACAUACAAAUCGGAUUUUUUCUCGUCGUCGUAAUGACUGUGAGCUGGACUUACGCUACCCUAUUUCUCUGCCCAAUUCUGGCUGUAAUUGGACCGUCGCAAGGCUUUGCCCAGUACCAGUAUCCGAGAUUUUCGGCAUCCUGGUUCCGUUCAAGGUUUCGUAAGGAGACAGAAGAGACUACGACUGGCGUCAUGGGGAACCGUAAAGCCAAGGAACAGACCAGGAAACAAAACAGGGAGCGAGAGCGUGAACGGGAAAGGGAGCGCAAAAAAGGCCGAGGGAUGCUGUCGGAAUCUACACUUAGCACGUCGAGCACCGUUUGCCAGUUUCAUUGUGGCGAGCUGGAAGUCCUUGCUGGGAGAGGACCGCCAUCUUCAUCGUUGCCACCUUCUCCAUCCUCGACUCUGUUGUAUCUCGAGCCUUCGCAAUCGGGUCCCUCGACAGGUAGAAAUAACAAGCGAAAACCGAACAACGAACUCGACUAAGAGGUGUAUAUGUGUCUUUCUGAAUUCUGCAAUCUUCUGCUGUUCAAAUGGUAAGUAAAUAAGAGUCUACCUAAAGUAUUAAAGCUUACUGAUGAUUCAAUGUCGUGAACGAAUUGAUGGACAGCUGAUAAAAAAAUUGGUGAUUGUAUCGUGUAAUGCUAAUUGUGUAUACGUAUGUGAUGGUAAAGAUGUUGCGGAAAAAACAUCGAUGUACCUAACGGAUAAAUAUAAUUAAUGUAUCGAGUCUUUGUUGGCCGUGAUCUCAAGGCUGAGGAUAUUAAUAUAAACAAGAUUGUUGUUACACUGACUGUAGAUUCAGGUGGGAUUUUAUUAAUAGAUUGAAAGUUGAAUCAUUGUGAAAAAUACAAACUCAAGUUGUAGACAACUUGAAUCCAACUGAAAACUACUGGAUUCUAGAGAAAACAUCUGAAUGACUUAAAUUAUAAUAAGAAUUACAUAUUCUUGGCCUGAAACAAAUUUUUAUGAAGUGAGAUGUAGGUGCAGCUUAACGUUAAAUUUUCCAAGUGUGUAUAUAUGUGUAUAUAUAUGUGUAUAUGUAUAUGUGUAUAUUAUGUAUAUACAUGCAUAUGCACAGAGAUAUGAUAUAACUUGAGUUAUUACUACAUGUUGUUAUAUGAUCGUAUGUAUAUAUGUAUACUAUAUUGAUAUUAUUUUACUGCGACGUUACGUAUACUUCGUAGAUUAUGGUGACGAGUCAUUGCGAAAAUUGCCAAUACUUUUAAAACGACACUCUGAAGUAGUCCACUUAUGUUCCUAAUUUAAACGGUGUAACAAGCCAUAUGAUAUUGAAACGGGUAUUCAUACCUUAAUAAUACAAUGUAUUUUCAAAGGACUGGUGAAUGUAUUCUAUAUCAGUAUUCAAGUAACACAAUUUGCAUGUGAUGAUGAUAACGAUUGCCUUUGAUACAGUGACGUCUUACAGAGCCCAGUUUAAUUUUACCUGUUUUUAGAUAUUUCAAGAGAGCGUUAUGCCUUCUCUGAAUAAACUUAUACCUCGUGAGAAAUUUCAUUUGUGAUAUAGCAGUGCUUUGAGAAGCCCUACAAACGUGUAUCAAGUAAAUAUCAUAACGAUAAAGCUAUGUUAAUUUAAA